UACUCCUAAAUGGAUGUUUUUUUUCUUCCUCAGAAAUGGCUCAGACUCUAUAUCUCUCUCUUCUCCUCAUUGCUCUCUGCUCCAUAUCUGAAUGUGUUCAGCGUCAGUAUCACUUUAUCAAUGAGAACAAGACCUGGACUGAAGCUCAGAGAUACUGCAGAGAGAAAUACACAGAUCUGGCCACCGUUGACAACAUGAACGACAUGAUCCAGCUGAAGAAGAGUGUGAAAGUGAAUGAUGGAUAUGCCUGGAUUGGUCUUCAGAAGAUGAGUGUUUAUAAAUGGCAUUGGUCUUCAGGUGAUCCUGUGCUCUUUCUGAACUGGGCAUCUGGACAACCAGCUGAAGGUGAUAAUUGUACUGUUAUGAGAAAUGGAAAGUGGUUUGUUGCACCAUAUAGUGACGCCUGGACUUUCAUCUGCUACAACAUGAGGACAGGACUGGUGUUUGUCAAUCAGAUGAUGACCUGGAGAGACGCUCAGAGUUACUGCAGACAGAAUCACAUUGAUCUGGUCAGUGUGAGGAACCAGAAUGAGAAUCAACAGCUGGAGAAGUUCAUUAAUGACAGAAACUCAUCUGGAUCUGCAGUCUGGAUCGGUCUGUUCAGAGACACAUGGCAGUGGUCAGAUCAGAGCAACUCCUCAUUCAGAUACUGGGAUACUACUCAACCUGAUAAUCAAGGAGGCAUUGAAAACUGUGUAGGAAUAAGUCUGUAUGUUCAGGGAAAAUGGCAUGACAUCUCCUGCACCAGCUCAUUUCCUUUUGUGUGUCAUGAAGGUGAUUUCUGCUUUGUUUUGUGUCCAGAUAAACUGAUUGUGAUCCAGCAGAAUCUGUCGUGGUCUGAAGCUCUGAGACACUGCAGACAGAAUCAUGUGGAUCUGGUCUCGGUUCAGUCAGUGGAGAUGCAGCGUCGUGUGAUGAACGUGGUUAAACUGGCGUCUACUGAGGCGGUGUGGUUGGGUUUACACAAUUUCUGCAGCGUAAACAUGUGGCUCUGGCUGAGUGGAGACAUGGUGUGCUAUCAGAACUGGGCUCCAGGGAACGGCAGCACACCGGAAAACUGCAAACUGGAGAACAGAAAAGGAGCAGUUCAGUCUGGAGGAGAUCAGACCUGGAUCAGCCUUCCUGAAUCUCACAGACUCAAUUUCAUCUGCACUAACCACUGAGAGAAGAUGUGUCUGUGUGUUUACUUACAUUCACUGUUUUCAACUCAUUAUUGCUAGACUUGUUCUUGUAUAAGUUCUGAGUGAAUAUGCAGUUUGUACUUUUAAAGUAGCCUACAGUUUUAUUUCUGUAUUUUAUCUACCAUUAUAUAACAUUCUUUUAAAAUUUUAACACAAAUGUUUAAGAUUUAAGGUUCUUCUGUUAAAGAUUUUAGUCAUGUCUAAGGCCCAAUACCAAUUCUACCCCGUAGCCCUUCAUUUAGCGCAUGCAUGCCAAGGGGUAGGGGUGUCCCAAUUAUCUUUAGCUUG